AUGCUUCUCCUACCCAACCCAAUCCACCAGGAUAACAGACCUAAGACUUUUCCUGUUAAGGAUGAUUUCGUUGAUUUCGUUUCCUGCUGGCGAAGUAUUGAAACAAGUGGGAGCGUCGGUGACCCGUCGAAGGAAGUUCUGCGACGAAUCCCCCUUGAGAAUGCGCAAAUUUUAAAUGGCCCAAGCCAACAAGGUUCAGAUAAGUACCGUCUGCCCAUUCGCACCCAAUAUGAUCCAUCCACUCUGCCGACCCCGUCGCCUUCCUCUUCGAAGACACGAAACAAGCUCAAAAAGAGUCUCUCGUCUUCUGGUUUUCAUCAUGGACCCUACGCAGUAUUUAUAAAAGCGAUUCUGCAGGACAGAGUUCUGCCGAUGGUGAAAGCGCAGGUGAGCCUUUCGCCAAUCAAAGAUGAGAAUUGCAAAGAAGUUAUCCGGGAUGCUGACAUGCUUUGGGAUUCCGGAGCCCACUAUACCAUAAUAACUGAGGAUUUUCUUUGUGAAAGAUCUCGUCGACAAUUACACAGCAAGGAAAAUAAACUUUUAUCAGAGAAUAUGAAUAAUAUUGCAUUCUUUGAAAAGUCAUCUUCAAAGUCGCUGUGGGCGCACUUACAAAAUGUAACAACAACCACUAUGUUGGUGUUAAAGCUAGAGCCCGUUCUCUCAGGAAGCGCAUGUGCUAUGUCUUCAAUGGAUAGUAAUUCCACAGUUAUAUCAAGCCAAGGGAAUCCUCUUAUUGUUAAAAAGGAGAUCUGA